AUGAUAGGUGUCGGUAAUGUGGGCGAAAAAUUGACCUCUUAUGAAGACGGCUCUACUUUUUUGACAAGGGAUGGUGGAAACACCUGGAAAGAAAUCAAAAAAGGUAGGUAUAUGUGGGAAUAUGGUGAUAGAGGUACAAUUCUUAUCCUUGUUAAGGCAGACGAGCCCACAAACUCAUUAUCAUAUUCUUUGGACGAGGGCAAUAAGUGGCACGACUACAAAUUUGCAGAGGAUCCUAUUCACGUCUUGGAUUUAGCGACCGUUCCUUCGGAUACUUCUCGCAAGUUCCUUAUAUUUGGAACUACAAAGUCCCAUAAACGGACUCUACUCUCAUACUCCAUCGAUUUCACUAAUAUUCAUAAGCGUCAGUGUCAAAUUGAUUUGGAUAAUCCUGACAGUGACGACUUUGAGUAUUGGUCGCCCAAUCACCCAGAGAGUGCCGACAAAUGUCUAUUUGGUCACGAAGCAAAAUACCUUCGUCGUGCAGAGGGCCACAAUGAUUGUUUCAUUGGCAGUGCCCCAUUGAAAGAGGGAUUCAAAAUGGUCAGAAAUUGUAGCUGUACAAGGCGAGAUUUCGAGUGUGACUACAACUAUUUCAUGGAUACAGAUAAAACCUGUAAACUUGUUCCAGGAUUGUCGCCUUCCGAUCGGAAGAAGGAUAUGUGUCUGAAGGAGAAUGCGUUUGAGUACACCGAAACCACUGGAUAUCGGAAAAUUCCUAUAUCAACUUGUGAGGGCGGUAAAAGAUUUGAUGGAUGGCAAGCUCAUCCUUGUCCUGGAAAGGAAAAGGAAUACAACAAACACUAUGGAAAAGAGCUUACUGGAGGCAAUUUAUUUGCUAUAUUGUUUGUACCUUUGGCAGUGUUCUUCUUCGCAACUUGGAUUGUGUACGAUAGGGGUAUUCGUCGAAAUGGAGGGCUUAAAAGGCUCGGACAAAUUAGACUAGACGCUGAUGAUGACGACUUUCAACCUAUCGAAAACAAUCAGCUUGACAAAGUUGUGAACACCAUUGUUCGUGGUGGAAUAAUUGUAGUCGCAGGAGCGAUUGCAACUUUCAAGACUCUUCGCAAGUUCGACAGAUUCUUAUUUGAUAAGGUCACUUUCCUGUUGUUUUCGAGGAGACCUAGUGGACGCAAUUUUGUACGGAUCCCUGAUGCAGAGGACGAAGAUGAAUUGUUCGGGGAAUUUAGAGACAACUACGAAGAGGAAUUGGAAGAGGGCAUCGAUGUCAACUUUAACCAGGACGAUCACGACACUCCACCAGUAGAGCUGGAAGUUACCGAACACGAAGUUACCAACCCCGACACAAGACUCUUUGACAUUGAUGAUCCCUCCGAUGAGGAAAGAAGUGAGAGUACAACGGCGUAA